AUGACUUCAGCAGCCCCCAACAUGGCUUCUGAAGUUUUGGUCAGCUCUACAACAAGGCCAGAGCUCAGAUGUGUCGGUUACCUGUGCCUAACCCAAAGCCAAAUCAUAGGCGUCUUUGUCUUUGAUAUUGUAAUAGCCGUGGUCAUACUGAUUGGCAAUACACUGGUUAUACUCAGUGUCGCCAGGACGCCCUCACUACGCUCUCAGAACAACAUCUUCCUGGCCAGUCUAGCCGUGGUCGAUUUCCUGCUCGCUACCAUCUGCAUACCUCUCGACAUCAUCGUCGGAUUGGGGUUCAUGCCCGACGUCUCGCCGUGGGCCUGCUUGUCCGUGAGCGCCGUCAUCACCACCAUGGUGAUUCUCACCAUCUUGCACAUCACCGUUGUCGCCUUUGAUCGAUUUCUCGCCAUCACGUCACCGUUCACGUACCAGCAGACGAUGACGAACGGUCGGGUAGCAUGUUUUAUCGCCGGCAUUUGGUUGAUAACCCUGUUGCUUAGCUCCACCGCUUUCGCGUGGAAUAACGUUCAUGAAUUCUACUACACCGCCUGCGAUCUCCUCUACAUCCUGGGUAAGGGAUAUCGUAUCAUGCUCGUCGUGCUCAUCAUGUUUGUACCGCUUACGCUGAUGUCCUAUUGGUACUUUCGCAUCUACCGCGUCGCCCGUAGUCAUCGACGUCGGAUAGCCGCGCUCGAGCGCGUUCUUGAAACAAAAGCAUUCGCUCGGGCCAAAUACGCUUCAACGCUAAAAAAAGACUUGAAAGCCGCCGUCACGCUUAUGCUCGUAUUCGGCAUCUUCAUCAUCGGAUGGCUGCCGGCAUCGUUUAUGACCAUCAUUGACGUCAUCGUCCCCGACGUCCGUCUAGACGAGAUAUACGUCUACGAGCUCAUCUGUUUCAAAAUCGCCUUCUCGAAUAGUGCAAUGAACCCGAUGAUUUAUGCGGCGAGGAGCAUGGAUUUUCGGCGGGCAUUUGCUCGACAGCUAGGAAUGGUUUUCAGGUGUGCGUGUUGGACCAAACUGGCUUCAAAAAGGCCUGAUUCUAGAGCAACCGACAUCAAUCGAGAAGUUUCUGCUACCACACUUUCGUCGACGAUUAGACUGAAUUAA